ACUUUUUGGUGUUUUCUUCACAUUUCCCUUGUAGAUUAGCCUACCAUGGCGGACCAGAGACAGCGCUCCCUCUCUACCUCAGGGGAGUCUCUGUACCAUGUGCUUGGGCUGGACAGGAAUGCGACCGCCGACGACAUCAAAAAGUCCUAUCGGAAACUUGCAUUGAAGUAUCACCCUGACAAGAACCCCGAUAACCCCGAGGCCGCGGACAAGUUCAAGGAGAUCAACAACGCCCACGCCAUCCUGACGGACGCCACCAAGAGGAACAUCUACGACAAAUACGGCUCGCUAGGACUCUACGUGGCCGAGCAGUUUGGGGAGGAGAACGUGAACACCUACUUCGUGCUGUCCAGUUGGUGGGCCAAGGCCCUGUUUGUUGUGUGCGGGCUGCUGACCUGCUGCUACUGCUGCUGCUGCCUGUGCUGCUGCUUCAACUGCUGCUGUGGGCGGUGCAAGCCCAGGGCGCCCGAGGGUGAGGACGCCGACUUCUACGUGUCCCCCGAGGACCUGGAGGCGCAGCUGCAGUCGGACGAGCGCGAGGCCACAGACACGCCGAUUGUCAUACAGCCAGCGUCUGCCACAGAGACCACCCAGCUCACGGCCGACUCCCACCCCAGCUACCACACCGACGGGUUCAAUUAAGCCCAGGAGCAGCCGUGACGGGAGACGCCCGCGCCGGCCACGUCAACCUUAGGAUCAUAAACUGUAGUCCCAGCGUGGGGGGGCCACCGCGCCGGGCUCCCCGACCCCUGCCACGUGAAGCGCGUAGCAUGCCGUAUUUACAGCCGUUUAGCUACGUCGUUGUCUUCUGUGUCUCCUUUCUAAGCAUGUACGGGGUCACGCUCCAUGUCUGUCUGCGCUGCGAGUGGGGUGCAGUGUGGCUGCCCUGGCCGGAUGCUGGAGCCUCCCAGGCUGCUCCUCCCCUGUGCCCCUGGGGCUGCGGUGGGGGCUGCCCCAGCAGUGUGGCCAGCCACGGGCACGGCCCGCCAGCGCCCAGCGUUGGUGGCGAGGACAGUUUGCUCAGGACCUGCUCGCCUCAUGUGCGUGGCCGUGUGGUGGGGUUUUUCCCAUGGGUGAGUUUGUUGGUGUAGGAGGCUCCUGGCCUGAGACCAUGUGGUCUGCCUGUGUCUGGCCUGAGUCCCCAAGUCACAGGGACCCAAGGCCCCUGUCCUUCGAGUGUUACCCCAGGCCACAAGCUGGACGGACAGGGCCCCCCUUCUCUGCAUCACCCUCCACAUUCCUUCAGGCCCACGUGGCCUCUUUAAAAUCACGUCUGGACUUCAGAACCACAAGCAGUAGCAGUGGUCCAAUUAAUCGUAGUCAGAGGGGCUGGGGGCCCAAGUUGCUGGUGGCACAUGGCUGCAUGGCCCCUCUCAGCCCCCCCACUCCCCACCCCACCCCCUUUCUUCAGCUGCUCCCUUCGGCCUUGCUGAUGCUUCCGGCAGAGCUGGGGCCGUCAGCUUCCUGGGGGAAGGCCCAGCAGGACCGAGGGUGCACUCUGGCCUAGCAGGGUUGGGGUCCGGGAGGCCCUAGUGUCCUUGGGCUUGUUAGGCAGCAGCCGGACCACAGGAGCCUCACCACUGUUGCGAGCAGCCCCUUUUGUGAACUGCUGGAAGUCGUCUGUCGUGUCUAUGUCCCAGACCUUGUGGGUGGUGUCCCUGCUGCGGAGACAGGAGGAACAGGGGUUGUGUUGUGCCCGUGCCAGCAUACUGCAUGUGCUGCUCGCUGCUGGACCUGAGCCGGCCGCUGGAGACCCGAGCGGACCAAGUGGGCCUGGUUUCUGCAGCAUGAACCUAGUGGCCGCUGCUGAGCAUCCCUGGGUUUCCAGGAGAAAAGCACGAGCUGGAGAAGCUGUGCAGUGGCAGUUCCCUGGCUCAGAGAGGGACCAGAACGCGUCCCUGAAGCCUCUGUCCUCACUCGCUGCCCUUGCCUGCCCACUCAGGGCCAUGCAGAGGGCAGGCUGACGUGGCCAGGACGUGGCUGUAUGGGACAGCAGUGUCAGGACAGAACGGACACUCUGAAAGCAGUGCCCCCGGCCGAGCACUCUUGCAGGCUGGCAUUGGGACCUGGGGCUGGGUUUGUUUUCUGCCCAUGAAAAGGAUCACAGAGACAUUCGAUGAGAGGGGGGCUAUGCACUGUGAUGCGAAAUUAGAAAUAUGCUGAAAUCAGGCCUCAUAAAAGGAUAUGAAAUUCAUUGAUUCACACACACACCCCCACCCCCCACCCCCAGGCACAAGGGAGGAGGCGAGACAGGGGCAUCUUCUCUGCUAUUCAGCGGAGCAGCUGCAGGAUUCAGCGAGAGCUGUAGGCCGGAAGCAGCCUUUGUGAUGUUUCUGGGAAUACCUUAGGAAAUGAGUUCUUUUUCCCCAGAGUGGCCAGGAGCCCGGCUUAAGCCUCGCAGUCCCUGUGCUGUCCCUGGGGCCUGGCCUCAGCCCAGCCACGACCCGUCACAUGUCACUGAGUCGCUUGCCAGGUGUCUGUUGAUCUUUUCCUAGACACACAGGCUCCCCAGGGGCAGGUCUGAUGGAGUUUGUGAAUAGCAGAUCGUCGUGAUGACGAUGGUGACGGCCUUUGCCUGAGGCCUGGUACCCUAGGACCCCUUGCCGUUUUCCUCGGAUUUCUGUCAGGUCCCCGUCCUGGUUCAGGACACAGACCCCUAGGCACAUUUCCUCUCUCGUGUGGUCAGUGUCCCUGCUGCGCAGAGGUGAGCCGGGAGAGGCACCCCUGUUGGUGUGUAAGGGGGGUGGGGGGCGACCUCUGCCUCACUCGGGGCUCCCCAGAGUCGGGGCCACGUGUGGUCAGUGCUGGCAUCGGUGCACGAUGAAGCCUGUCCUUUUUGCCGAGGGCAGGGCUUGCCGGGCACCGGAGCAGCAUGCCUAUCGGCCAGGCAGCACUGGCCACGCGUGGCCGGCUGUGGCUGCUGCGUGUAGGUUUGCUUCCGCUCAGUGAUGUGCUCGUGUCUUCCUUUCAGCUUCCUUCUCGUUUCAAACUGCGUCCAACGUGGCACUAAGUGUUGCGCCUUCCUAGUUAGCUGUCCGGGCGGUCAGGGCGCACGCCCAGGCACUGGCAGGAAGGCAGAGCUGGGGGCCCUGUCUGUCCUUCCCUGGCUCUCGGCGCGUCUUGCCAGGAGACGAAAAAGUCACUGAUCUCAUUCCUUUCUCAUGUUCUGAGCUGUGAACCCAUGUGACACAGGACUGACGUUUUGUUUUUGUCACUUUGGUUGUGACCCAUCCUCCUGUGGAAUUGGUGAAGCUCCGUUUUACAGCCCUUACCAGCAUGGUGGGACGUUUGCUGUGGGUGUGGGCGGUGGGUGUCCCCGUGUGUCCUUGGUGUGUGUGUGGGCUCCACAACAGCCUCCGGCCCCUUGGCGAGCUGGGCAGGAGCAGGGUCCCUGAGACCUUUGCUGGGGGCACGGAAGGGAGCGCGGUCCCUGCCGUGUGCCUGGCGCCUGAGGGCACUGUGGGGAACUCGCCUGCCAGGGUCAGGCACCAGGGCUGCUGGGGUGCUGAGUGUCUCUGUGUGACAUCUAGGAGGUGGCUGGAAACCCUUUCCUCCCUUGAAACUUUAAACCAACUUUGUAAGCAUCAGGUACAAUCAGUGACAAAGCUGCAUUCUAAACGGGUCUCUGUCCUGGCCACACACAGGUCGGCCCAGGGGCCGGUCCUGCAGGCAGCACCUUUCAGUAGAUGGUUUCACUGGGAAGUGGGGUCGUGUUUCACGCUAAGUGAGGGGGGCAGUUUAUAGUGAAAUAUAUUUACAUUGUUUUUAAGAACUUACGUGUAAAUGCAUGGAAAGCUGUCAUCCAUGCCCGUUUUGUCCUGUGACUGGAACCCGACUGCGGUGGGGGUCCCUUGUGCCCUGCCACCCACGUGCGCACCGAAGGGCCCGGCUGGAGGGUUGCGGUGGUUUCCCAUGGUGACCUCCGUCUUGUGUGUCUGAAUGUUGACUUAAAGAUAACUUGUAAAAUAAAUGUUUUCACUGCGGA